UGAGCUACCGGGGGUUACCGGACACUCCAACACUGGCCGCGCCUUCCUCAUCUUCCUCCUCCCUCCUUCCCUCGGCCGGAGCCGCCAUGGUGAACCUGCGGGUGUGCGCGCUGGAGUGCGAGGCGCUGCGAGGGCUGCUGCAGGAGCGCGCCGCGCAGUGCCUCGUCCUCGACUGCCGCUCCUUCUUCUCCUUCAACGCCGCGCACAUCCGCGGCUCCUGCAACGUCCGCCUCAGCACCAUCGUCCGCCGCCGCGCUAAGGGCGCCCUGGCCUUGGAGCACGUUGUCCCCAACGAGGAGCUCCGAGCCCGCCUGCGCCAGGGGCUGGUUCACACCGUGGUGCUGCUGGACGAGCGCAGCGCCGACCUGGAGCUGCCCAAGCGCGAUAGCACGCUGCUGCUGGCCCUCGGCACCCUCUGCAGGGAGGCCCGCGGCGCCCGCAUCUGCUUCCUCAAGGGUGAGUGGCGCCGGGACCGCCCUGGCAGCCGUCGGAGGGGAGGGGGGACCGCGGUAGCGCCGUUCCUGGGGCUCCGCUCGCCCUCCGGCCGUGCCGCGCUCACCCGGCGCCUCUCUGUCCCCUCUGCCCCUGCAGGAGGUUACGAAGCGUUCUCGUCCGCCUGUUCCGAGCUCUGCACCAAGCCGGCCGCCCCGACGGGCCUCAGCCUGCCUCUCAGCGCCAGCAGCGCGCCCGGCAGCGCCGACUCGGGGUGCAGCUCCUGCGGCACCCCCCUCUACGACCAGGGUGGGCCGGUGGAAAUCCUGCCGUUCCUCUACUUGGGCAGCGCUUACCAUGCCUCCCGGAAAGACAUGCUGGACGCUUUGGGAAUCACGGCGUUAAUCAAUGUAUCAGCGAACUGCCCCAACCACUUCGAAGGGCACUACCAGUAUAAAAGUAUCCCUGUGGAGGACAACCACAAGGCAGAUAUCAGCUCCUGGUUUAACGAGGCGAUUGAUUUCAUAGACUCUGUUAAAAAUGAUGGAGGAAGGGUAUUUGUGCACUGCCAGGCUGGCGUUUCCCGGUCAGCAACCAUCUGUCUUGCUUACCUCAUGAGGACCAACAGAGUCAAACUGGAUGAAGCCUUUGAGUUUGUGAAGCAGAGGAGAAGCAUCAUCUCCCCAAACUUCAGCUUCAUGGGGCAGCUGCUGCAGUUUGAGUCGCAGGUCCUUGCCCCCAACUGCUCAGCAGAAGCUGGUAGCCCUGCUAUGUCAGUAUUGGACAGAGGAGCCUCGACCACCACAGUCUUUAACUUUCCAGUCUCCAUCCCUGUUCACACCUCAUCCAGUGCUUUAAGCUAUCUCCAGAGCCCCAUCACCACUUCCCCAAGCUGCUGAAAAGCGAGUGAAAAUAUGGCCAGAACUCAGAUUUACUGUCUCAGAAGUGCAAUAACUACAGGGACAGUGUCAUCAGUCACUCGUGUUUUGUGGGGAACCAUCCAUGCAUCCCAGAGCAGUGUCAUUAAUGGAGAGGAGCUCACCUGAUGCCAGAGAAUUAGGUGUUACUGACUGUUCUGCUGACUUCUGAAGCCAGUAUCUGGAUGUCUACACAGAUAUCAGAGGACACUGUCUCUUCUUGAGCUGUUCCUUUUUGUCUUCUGUCUGUCCUAAGCCUGCUCCAUGUUUAGUAGCAUGCUCACCAGUAUUCCCAUUCCUGGACACUUUGAGCAACACUGAUGCUGUCCCUCUUUUAUAUGACAGUCCUAUUUAUUUAUUUUUAUGUUAGUGCAUUGGGGUUUUUUGCCUUCACAAACCUAGAGUUUCAUUUCUAGAGAAACCAAAUACCUCAGUAUUUUUUUGGUACUAUAAUCCUGUGUGUGUAUAUGUCUGUCAGCUCUUCUUGUUUCCCAAGCACUGACAUGAAGGCACCAGGCGAGUGCUUUUUUGAGUUGCCAAGGGUUGUAUGUUUGCUGAUUUAUUUAUGAUGUGAAAUAAUAUAUUUCUUCUUAUGAAGACAUAGUUUUGUUACAUGAUUAUAACUUUUUUUUUAUACAAACAGAAUAAAUUAUGGUAUUUCUAUUGA